AUGUUAGGCAACGCAAAGAAGCGAAAUACGGAAAAGUUCAAGAAGUCGGCAAAGAAAGAAUCCAAACCCACAAGUAAAGCAGAAGGAGCCGCCUCUGCUAGUAAUAAUAUAAACAAUAAAAAGAAAAAUCGAAAUGCUAGUGUUUUGAAAGGCCCUGUUGUUUCUCACGCCAGUGGAGGGGCAAGUCGUGAUUCCGCAAAUGAUCGUCGACAAAUUCCCUUUAAGAACUCAUAUGAAGAGCGGGCGUAUAAGAAAGCCAACCGAAUUCCACGAUAUGCACCUAGUCCAGGAGAUGGAAAAUCAAAUGCGGCUCCAAUGCAAAAAGCCUGUGGGGCCAGCAGCGCCGCCCAACGUCGGGCGAUAUUAAAAAUGAAAAAUGAUGAUGAUUUAUUGGAACAUUUUCGAACAAAAUUAUCAUCCAGUACAUUUCGUUUAUUAAAUGAACAAAUAUACAGUUCUAAUGUUGCCUUUGCCAAUCAGUUGUUAAAGGAUCCCUCUACCUAUGCAGAUUACCAUAAUGGAUAUCAACAACAAUUACAACAAUGGCCAAUGAAACCAAGUCAGGUUAUUAUAGAAGCAUUAUUGGGGGAUAGACGUGGACGUUUCCUCGCAAAUAAAGCUAAAAGUAUGCCUGGAUAUAUUCCAACAAGUUGGGUUAUUGCAGAUAUGGGAUGUGGAGAUGCACAAAUUGCCCAAGCAUUAAAACCAAAAGGUUACACGGUACAUUCCUUUGAUUUCUGUGCUGUGAACCCACACGUUACGGUGGCAAACGCCGCUAAAGUCCCAUUAGAGAAUGACUCUGUGGAUAUUUGUAUCUUUUCAUUAAGUCUUAUGUCUACAGAUUAUGAAAAAUGUUUACUGGAGGCUUUUCGUGUUCUUAAGCCAGGACGAUUACUGAAGAUUGUGGAAGUACGAUCUCGCAUUCCACACCCACGACGUUUUGCAGAACUCGUAGAAGAAAUUGGAUUUACAUUGGACUAUCAUGAUGCUGUUGGGGAUUACUUCGUCGCCUAUGAUUUUCUCAAACGUACAGGACAGACAGAAGCAAAUAAAGAAUUUCGUUAUGACCCACAGGAAGUACUCGUCGCCUCACUGUACAAGAAGCGAUGA